UUACACCCUAGAUAUAUAUCACCGUUCUUUCUCUAUUUCAUUUUCUAGGCAUUGUUAUCGAUACAGUCGAGCCCCUGAGCUCCACCCGGCGGCGGAGGUUAUCACAGCAGCGGCAGCAAUGGUGUUCAUCAAAGUCCAGAAGUCGAGGGCUUACUUCAAGCGCUUUCAGGUCAAGUUCAAGAGAAGAAGAGAGGGAAAGACGGAUUACAGAGCAAGGACUAGGCUGAUCAAUCAGGACAAGAACAAAUAUAACACCCCGAAAUACCGCCUUGUUGUUCGUUUUACCAACACAGAUAUAAUUACACAAAUUGUGUCUGCUAGUAUUGCGGGUGACAUGAUUCUUGCUUCUGCCUAUUCUCAUGAAUUGCCUCGUUAUGGGCUUGAAGUUGGUCUCACAAAUUACGCUGCAGCCUAUUGCACUGGGCUUCUUUUGGCUCGACGACUUCUCCAAAAGCUUGAAAUGGAUGAGGAGUAUGAAGGAAACGUUGAGGCCAACGGAGAGGAUUACUGUGUUGAACCAGGUGAGAGUCGGAGACCUUUCCGUGCUCUUUUGGAUGUUGGUCUUAUCCGAACUACCACUGGGAAUAGGGUCUUUGGUGCUCUUAAGGGGGCAUUAGAUGGUGGGAUUGACAUUCCUCACAGUGACAAAAGGUUUGCUGGAUUCAGCAAGGAUUCCAAGCAACUUGAUCCUGAAGUGCACCGCAAGUACAUCUAUGGUGGGCAUGUUGCUGCAUACAUGAAGACUCUGAUGGAGGAUGAGCCAGAAAAGUACCAAUCUGUUUUCAGCUUAUACAUCAAGAAGGGCAUCGACGCCGACAACCUUGAAGAGCUGUACAAAAAGGUUCACGCAGCCAUCCGUGCCAACCCUAGCCAGAAGAAGUCCGAGAAACAGCCACCCAAGGAACACAUGAGGUUCAACCUCAAGAAGCUGACCUAUGAAGAGAGGAAGGCUAAGUUGAUUGAGAGACUGAAUGCCCUAAAUGCUGCUGCUGGAAAAGACGAAGAUGAUGAUGAGGACGAUGAUGACGAGUGAAAGAUUUGCCCUACAACAUCUUGAAGUCUCCUAGCUGCAUUUUCAUUCCAGACCUUUUUUUGUUGCAUAUUUGCUGCAUUCAAAACUACCAAUUAUGCAGUCUUUUGAUGAGGAUCUGUUACUACAAAACAGUUUUGUACUUUUGUGAGCUUGACUAUCUUGGUUUUUGUUGAUUAUGACAUUUUUAGAACAAAAUGUUUUCAUUGAUCUUGCUUUACUUUGAUCUCGACACAAUGGAUCUCUUCUCUCUGGAAGUUGUUUAUGUCUUAUUUUAGAUGAGGUGUCAUUUAUCUCAACCAUAGUUUUGCCAUU